AUGUCUUCGGUAGCAGUCUUGAGCAAGAAACUCCGCGAGUUGGAGAAGCAAGCCAAGUUCUUACGCAAUGAGGUAGCGAGUCUAGAGGCAACGAAGCGCGAUGUAAUAUUCAGUGAAUCCACCAGAAAUCGUUCGGAGGAGUUUCAGCGGCAAAGCCAGGGGGACCAGCAACACGAUGUGAGUUCCCACUCCCCGGAUCAAGCCAAGAGCGUGGAUCGAUUGUCGCGGGGUAAUAAACUUGCAUUUCAUUUUCCAGAUCUCAUUGAUCAAAUGAGUCAAAGAAUAGGUGAUACGCAGUCUAGCAUUAAAAGGCAUCGCGAGCUGCAGCUUGAGAAGGAAAGGUUGACGUCCAUGUUAAUGAAUUUUGAAAAUGACAUUCAGCACAUGGACGAGGAGUACACGGAAUUGAUGGAGCUUAACCGCUCAAACAUGGAUGAAGAAUCGAGGCCUUUGCAGCUCGUUCAAGCGCAAGAUGAACUUAACAGUGAGCUUCAAGAGUUAGUGGAAAUGUACCGUGAACGUGAACUUCUGCAGGGUCAGCUUAACAAUCAGUCUGCCGAGCUUUGGCAACUUUCUACCUUGAUUCAAGAUACGGUUAACGCCCAGGAACAAAAACAGGAGGCUUUGAAUGUUCUAGCGGAUAAAACAACCAAAUUGUCUGAGUUACGCAAGAAGCGGAUUCAGUUGGAGCACGCCGUGAAGACAAAGAAUAGUCUUAUUGAAAAGAAGACAACACACCGACCGGAGGAGGAGGUUCUUAAAGGCGUUAACAAUGACUUCCAGGUUGCGCUCCGGGCACUCGAGCGCGAGGACGAUCAGCUCAAGAGCAACGAUGCCAUCAUCCGGCACCGCGCCAUGCAAAUAGCGAAGACCCAGAAGCGUUUAGAGCUAAUUGGGGAGGCCGUCGCCGGGGACGAGUCCGAUGGCGAGGAGCGCGUUGAUGUAGAGGUGGCAGAUCGGUUAGUGGUUGAUAUUGAUGCUCUGUACGACUUACAUGCCGAGGCCUGUGCACAUAUGGAUAAGCUGGAUUCUGAGAUCGAGAAAAUGGAAUAUAAAGUGGGUGCGAUCAAUCGGGCCAUUCUUGGAGCUAAAAAGGAACUCAACUUUGUCAAUGACAACAGUCUGCGGAAAAUCCAAUUGCUUAGGAAGGAAGCUGCCCGUGAGCAAAAACUUAACAAAUUAAAUAUCUCUCUGUUGGAAGGUGAGCUAGCGCAAUUGCAAAAAACUGGCGCUAAUAAACAGCGUUCUUCAAAGAGCCAUCGACGUACCAAGAUACAUUAG